AUCAUAAGUUCUACUGAACAAAUAAAACACAAAAACAUCAUCAACUAUUCUUCAUUAUGGAAAUAAAAUUCUUUUUUUCCGCAGUUUUAUUGGUAUUUUUACCAUUCUUGGCGUAUCACGCCGAAUCUGUCACAAUAUUCGAUAUCUCAAAAUACGGUGCAAAACCCGGCGGUGAAGACAUCAGCCCGGUUCUAGCUAAGGUAUGGAAGGAAGCAUGUGAAGCGACAAAUGCGAGCAAAGUAUUGAUUCCAAAAGGGACAUGGUACCUUAGCCAAAUUAGAUUGGUCGGCCCGAAUAAGGCUCCAUUGGAGCUUGAAGUACAAGGUACCGUUGAAGCCAAUCCAGAUUACACUAAAUUACCCCAAAAAGAUGGACAAUGGAUUACUAUCAAUUAUCUCGAUGGCUUCACCAUCUCCGGUGGCGGUGUAUUUGACGGAAAGGGUGAACAAGCAUGGAAGGCAAACGAUUGCCACAAGAACCCAAAUUGCCCCAAACUCCCCAUCAACCUUAGCUUGAAUUUCAUCAAGAACGCCAUAAUCAAAGACGUGACCACAAAAGACAGCAAAAAUUUCCACUGCAAUUGCAUAUCGAGCCAAAACGUGACUUUCCAACGCUUCACAAUCAGUGCACCGGGCGAGAGCAUCAACACUGACGGGAUCCACAUCGCCAGAGUAUCGAAUGUCAAAGUACUCGAUUCCAAUAUAGGAACGGGAGACGAUUGCAUUUCUAUUGGAGAUGAGACCACUGAUCUCCACAUCGAGAAUGUCAAAUGUGGGCCCGGACACGGCAUCAGCGUCGGAAGCAUGGGUAAGAAUCCGGCAGAGAAGGACGUCACAGGAAUUACAGUAAAGAAGUGCACAUUCACCGGAACAAGCAACGGCGUGAGGGUAAAGACAUGGCCCAAUGCACCGGCAACCCUAAAAAUAUCGAAUCUGCAUUUCGAAGACUUGACAAUGAACAAUGUCAGCUAUCCUGUCGUCAUUGAUCAACAAUACUGCCCAUGGAAUCUCUGCACCAAAGACAAACCAUCGUUGAUCCAAAUCAGCGGAUUGACGGUGAAGAAUGUGAGGGGGACAGCGAACACGAAGGAGGCGUUGUUAUUUUCUUGCAGUUCAAGCAAGCCAUGCCAGAAUGUUCAGAUUAGUGAUAUUGAUCUUAAAUAUGUUAACUCAAUUCCCGCCAAUUUCACCACUGUCUGCGAGAACGUGAAGCCCACUGUUUCCGGAAAGCAGAACCCGCCAAUUUGCCCAACCCCUGUUCAGGCUUCUUAAAUCAUGCAUUCGACCUUCUGUGUGUAUCUUGUACAUGAACAAAUUUCAAUUCUCCUUUUUUUUUCGAUUUUUUAGGGUUUGGUUUUUGGGUUAGGUGAUUUUGAAGAAGAUGUUAUACAUAUAUAUCCUUAUUGUAUUUUUGUCUUUUGACAUAUGAUCAAUAAUCAGCGAGAUAAUCGUAAUAAAAAUUAUUGAUAUGAGUAUGAA